AUGAGUUGACUGUUGACUUACAUGCGUCAGAUCAGAAUUUUGAUGUUUUGAUUUUAUGACAUAUUGAUCUGUUUAUUAGUGUUUUUCAUCAUAGAUAACUUAUUUAUCACACACUUAUAAAAUUUAUAAGUCAGUGUAGUUCCACUCCAUGCAAAGAAGUAUUAAUUACCACAUUGGCCCUAAAAAGAUCUACAUAAAAUGUAUUCCAUGUUUGCCACUAUCAUAUUUAUUUAAUUAAUGAUAAGUGCUCUUGAAUUACUGCCAAAAAUGUCGUUUCAUCCGCUAUAUUCUGCUGAUAUAUUACAUUUGAAUGUUGGUGGUAAAAGGUUUAAUUGUAGGUUUUCGACUUCUCGUCAAACAUUGACAUCUAUUCCAGACACAUUCUUUACUGCUCUGAUUAGCGGUAGAAUAUCGAGCCUGAGAGAUGAGAAAGGCUGCAUAUUCAUUGAUAGGGAUCCAAAAAUAUUCUCUCUCAUAUUGAAUUAUCUGAGAACAAGGGAAAUCGAAUUGAGUGGUGUCAAUCUUAGAAUCCUACGACAUGAGGCUGAAUAUUACAAUAUCGCUCCUUUGGUCAAAAGAUUAACAUUGUGUGAAGAAUUGACUCAAUCCACUUGUGGGGACAUUCUUUUUUAUGGCUAUUUGCCACCUCCUAUUAUUCCAACUCAGGAUCCACCAAAGAUUAAUCAUGUGGAGGUUACUGUCCAUAAUCCAAAGCCAGGGCAUUUGGUUAAAUUACCUGAACCUCAUACAAGUACCUCCAAUUCUCCAGAUCCUUCACAUGCUGGAGAAAAUCAACCUUCCUCUAGCUCAACUUCCGUUCAAGUGCAGCCUCAAGUACCAACAUCUUCUGGUAAUGGGCAGACAAGAGGUUCAGGGCACUCUAGAAAUUCGUCUUUGGAGAUGAGAUUGGGGGUAGGAACAAGCUACAGUCGAAGUUCACAGGAUCUUCGUGGUUUGACCAGCCGAUCCCACUCUAGGACUGCUUCUCUCGAUCUGAGACAUGCUAGAAAUUCCUCGGCAGAUCUGAAUAAACUGAUCAGAAACGAUGUUGGCUUAGUAUUUGGGACAGCAAAUUCGAAUUGGACUGAUCCUUUGAGGGUUCAGAUCAUCAAGGCGCACCAGAAUUGGAUCGUUGUCGCUUAUGCCAGAUUUUUCGUGUGCUACAGGUUGAAAGACUCGAGUGGAUGGCAACAAGUUUUUACCAGCCCCUAUAUAGAUAGUACCAUUGAACGCAUCGCCAUCAACGCUAAAAUGGGCUGUGGGGAGACCACCAAAAUGGUGGCUAUAUCCUAUGGAACGCAAAUUAGACUUUGGGGUAUUUCGGACAUUGGGGACAAGACAAAUAUUGGUAUUUUCAAUCUUCAUGUAAGGGUGGAAUAUUUGUUUUUUAUCGGUAGCCAGUUGGUAGCCCUUUCUUCCUCUGGAAAACUGGGGGUUUGGCAUGCGAUGACGCAGCAUUGGCAGACGCAAGAUGUCAUGCCUAUUGCCUCGUUCGAUACAGCUGGAUCUAUUUUGCUUCUCGGGUGUAAUAAUGGGUGUAUUUAUUACAUAGAUAUGCAGAAGUUUCCAUUGAGGAUGAAAGACAAUGAUUUGUUAGUGACUGAACUUUAUAGAGACCCUAAUAGUGAUGCUGUCACAGCUAUUUCCGUAUACCUCACUCCAAAAACCAAUUUGUGUGGAAAUUGGAUCGAAAUAGCCUAUGGCACAACUUCCGGUUCGGUCCGAGUCAUUGUGCAGCACCCAGAAACUGUGAGCCACGGACCUCAGCUCUUUCAAACGUUCACUGUCCAUCAAAGUCCAGUAACCAAGGUCACCUUGUCUGAAAAGUACCUCGUCUCGGUUUGUUGCGAAUACAAUCAUGUUCGAAGUUGGACUGUUACCCGCUUCAGGGGUAUGUUAUCAACGCAGCCGGGUUCCACUCCGGAGGCCUCCUUCAAGAUAAUUUCCCUGGAAGCGGUCGAACCGUAUUUGAGUCAGUCGAUCGCUAAUGAAUGUGGUCCUUUCGGCGAGCAAGACGACGAACAGGUUUUCAUACAGAAGGUUGUACCCGAUUCUGAUCAGCUUUUUGUGAGAUUGGCCAGCAAUGGGAAAAGAGUUUGUACAAUUAAAGCUGUGGACGGAAGCACCGUGAGCGCUUUUUGCGUUCACGAAUGCGAAGGAUCAAGCAGGAUGGGCUCAAGACCCCGAAGGUUCAUAUUUAGUGGACACUCGAACGGUUCCAUUCAAAUGUGGGACUUGACCACAGCGUUGGAUCUCUCUUACAAAUCGGAUACAAUAGGAAAAUCCAACGGAGGACCCUCUUUCGACGAAUUAUUGCACAUGCUGGGUCAGUGCGAUCUGAGCAACAGCUUGUGCUCGACGCCCUGCAUGUCCCCGUCGCCCUCGUUGAUGGCAGCUGCGCGGCUUAAAGCCAGCAACGUGGCUUUCUUGAAUCAAGUUCAGGAUGCUGAGCGACCCUGAACUUCCUCCGAUUCCCUUUUCGAAGACUGCUUGCAAUUUCCACUUUGUUAUUGUAAUUUUUUUAGUUCCUCUUUACAUAUAAAUUUUUAAAUAUAUUUAUAUUUAUCUUACAGUUUGUUGAACUUUGGCUAUUCGUUUAUUUUUGACUUCAUUUAUUGAAUCAGCCUUUGAAGGUUGCUAGUUUGGUGCGAAUGAUAUGUAGAAUUUAAUGUUAACCUAAAUUCUUCAUUUGUAGCUUCUCUAAUGGACUUAAUGACCAAGUUCUGAUUCGAUCCAGUAAAAAAAUGAAAAUAUCACUUAUGCUUUGAAAGUUAUCUCACAGAUGCACCAAAUCAAUGCAUUUUCUAAGUAUAUUUUGGCAGAUAAUAUUCACUUUGAAGAUUCAUAAUUGCGAUAGCAUUUUUUUGCUAUCACUUUGUUGAUUUGGUCAUGGAAAAAUAAAAUUAUCCAAAACAAACAAAGCUAUAUGUAUAUCUUAAGUUGUUGAAGUGAAAUAACUAUUUACAAUUUUGAUUUCUUUUAAAUAGUAUUAUUAAUAUAAUGACAAUUAUUUUCUCAUUAUAUAACUCCCAUGUUGUUAUUGUAUUUGAUAUAUUUCAGAGCGUAAUUUAAAAUAUACAUUGCUCAAAUAUAAUGAAACUGUAUUUUCGAGAAAUAUGGACUGGUGGACAUAAGCACAUGUUGUACUGGAAUGUGAUAAUGAAAAAUAUUGUUAAUAACAUAUUUAUCAUAAUUUGUGGAACUUUUCCAUGUCGGUAAAUUCUUUAUUGUAAUUUAUUCUAUUUGUUUUUGAUAAGAAACUUUUAUAUCGAUGAAAAUGGUUUCUAAAGGAUAACUUGAGAGGAUUUAAAACUGUAACAAACAGAUACUUGUUCUACAACGAAAAAUACACAUAUGUAUAUGUAAAAAAGAUUGGAUGGAAAGAAUGAAAUAUCUCAAUAAAUCAACAACAUUCAACAGAA